AUGAAGGCAUUUUUUAAAUCCAUGGAUGAGCGUGUCUGGCAGAGCAUAGUGAAUGGUUGGUCUGUCCCUAAUACCACAGUAGAUGGUGUAUUCACUCCUACCCUCGUAGAAAACUGGUCUAGAGCACAGUUGGAUAGAUGUAACUUUAAUAACAAGGCCAUACAUGCAUUGUUUAUGGCUGUGCCUCUGAGGAAUUUAAGAGAGUAUCUAUGUGUGAGGUUCAAGGAAAUUAGGAUGAGAGAUGAUGAUACAUUUGAUGUCUUUUAUGCGAGCUUAAAUGAUAUAGUGAAUUCCUCCUUGAACCUAGGUGAGAAAAUUCCUGAGCCCAAGAUAGUUAGAAAAAUUCUUAGAUCCUUACCCAAGCGUUUCAAGCCGAAAGUCACAGCUAUUAAAGAGAUGGCCUACCUAACUAAGAAAUUUCGAAAAAUAUUUAGGAAAAAGAAGAAGUCUCAAGAGAGACAAAAAGGUGGCCCGAAUGAAUCUAGGAAAAAAUCUAAAUUCGUGAGAUGCCAUAACUAUCAGGGUUUCGGUCACGUGAGGAAUGAGUGCCCUAGUGCUAAGAAAUUUGAAGAGAAGGCUGUGAAUAUUACUCUCACUGAUGAUGGGUCGAGCUCGAAAAAUCAGAGUGAGAAAUCCACCCGUGAAGAGAGUGGAAAAUAUGUGGUCUUCAUUGCUAGGGGUAAAAGUGGAUCCGAUCAGAGAAGUGAAAGGACAGAGGACUUAGAUAGUAGUGAAGAUUCUAAUGAUGAAAGUGGAAGUGUGGAAGAUCUAGAAGCAGCCUAUGAUAUGAUGUAUGAGGAAAGCCUUAAGAUCUUAGCCACUAACCAGGCAAUGAGCAAAAAAGUGAAAGAGCUUAAGCUAGAGAAGGAACAAUUAGAGGCCCGUGUUAGUGAUCUCACUAGUAAGAAUGAGAUGUCCUUUAGGAGAGUAAGUAAGCUGACCAUUGUGAAUGAGACCUUAGCUAUUCAGGUUAAACACCUUAAGAGUGAGCUAGAGUUGUCUAGGUCUCAGUUACUUGCCUUUUCUAGCAGUUCUGAAAGGCUAGAUAAUAUUCUAGGAAUGGGCAAGCCGGCUGGUGAUAAGGGAGGUCUAGGUUUUGAUCUGAAUGUUGCUAGUACAUCACAGACCACCUUUGUUCGUGCUACUGACCAGCCAAACAUUGUGACUAACCCUAUACCAAAUGUUGUGGGAACUUCAGGACGUAGGUCUACCAGACAUCCUAGGACUCGUCGGCCUAGGAAUAGAAAUCAGCGUAAGCAUAUCACAGGUCCUAGGUUUAUCCCUACAUGUUUUCACUAUGGAGAAUUAGGUCACAUCUGCCCUAAGUAUGAUCACUACCUGAACAAUAGGAAAGUCUUGAGCUUAAAAAAGAACAAAAAUCAGGUGUCUGUUGAUCAGAUUGGAUUCCUUACUGAUCAAGUGAAUCAUUUGCCUCAAUUGGUGACACAACUGUCUGGAAACAAUUCUCGCUCUAGACAGGUUUGGGUGAAGAAAAGCGAUCUCUCAAAUUUGGUUAGAGAUCGUGUUGCGCUUAAAGGAAAGAGCGCUUAUAUACCUACUUGA